CGAAUAUUUUGCAUGUCCGCCCCCGCGACAGGUUCGUCGCGGGUGCGCAUGUCGCUCGACGACUCGCUACGUCUCGUUCACGACAUCCUCGACGAAGACAGGAGCUUCCUUGAGUACCUCCAUGAUGAGAAUGUAACCGAGCGAGACCGCGUGCACCACGCGCUGCACCAAGCGUCCGUAACGUCGACGACAGCAAUUCGACCGGAGAAGUAUAUCAACGAGACAUGCCAUGAACUCCAGCACGAACUGGAGCAGCUUGAAUCGGAACUGUCCUUUUACGAUACGAUGAAGAGGACCACCUCGUCGAAAGCGACGCGAGGUUCAGGGCAACACGAGCAAGCACAUGGCGGAGGCUCAGUGGCACCUAGGGCAAGAGCCCACCCAACGCGGCAGCCCCCCAAGAAGAAGACUGUGCCAGCCCCACACACUCCAAUCGUCGCUACAUCCUUCGAUUCCAUGAUCGCCAAACUCCAACGCGAUUACGAACACGACAAGGCAGCGCACCUCGAUGCCCAAGCCAGAAUCCAAGCGCGCGUCGCCGCCGCUCACAAAGACGCCAUGGUGUUUGCCGAUAUGCAACCGCCCGCCGAGGACACCCAACGUGGUGCCCAGGCUGCCGCGACGGCAAAUCCCCAACUCGACGCGUCGGAAAGCAACAUGACCGCCAAACAUUUAGCCGAGAGCCACGUCCUUCCCGACCCAGAGGAGCGCCACGACCGGUCCCGAAGCGGUCCCAAUUGUACCAAUGGCCUCCCCCCAACCCAGCCAUCGAACGAGUCAACUUCACGAUUGCGCUUGGCAUCGAUGCAAGCGAUUCGUGAAGCGUGUUCCACAGCCAUCGCGACCGAAGCAGACGCUGUCCUCCACCAAGGCCAACAGAAGCAGGUGCAUGCAAUCGACCAAGUCGUCGAACGAUUUCAAAUCCGCAAGCGGCUCGCUGUCGCAAAGUUACAGGAAGCGUGCGAUCGAGAGACGCACGAUGUCGUGGCAGCGACCAAGGCCGAGCUGGGCCAGGAGCACCAUGCCGAGCUAGCCCACGUCCAAGACGAGUUUAUGGCGAAGCGACGUCAUGAGUUGAACGACGUGCUGGUCAACAACGAGCGGCGACUCGAGAGGGAAAAGCAAAAUGUGGUCGAAAGGUACCAGCUUGAGACCGACCUCAAACGUGCGGCACUCCAGCGCCAGCUCGACGUUGAUCGAGUCGCAGUACUGCGCGAAAUCGAACAAAAAUACCAGGCGGAUUUGGUAGCGCUGGAAGAACGUCUCCGCCAUGUUGUGUCGGAUGAGCUAUUGGCGAAGCGGCAGGAAGUCGCGACAGCGUUGCUCCAGCGUGAAGAAGAGUUGCUUCAGCAAGGCCGAGCGCAAGCGUUGGCGAUGCACCAAGCCAACGAGCGCGACGAGGUCGCUAAGUUGCAGGAGGCGCUUCAAUUGGGGUCGUCGUUGCGGCUGCAGCAGUUGAGAGAGCGAUUGGAUGGACAGCGUGCCGCCAAGCUUGCACAGAUCGAACGAGUCGCGAACGAAUCCCUGGAGCGGUCGCUGGAGCACCUCCGCAAUGAACAUGAUGCGGACACUGUCCAGCUCGUCCACACCACCCAAGACCGACUUCGGCAGGCACACGAUCGCGAGAUUGAUUCGUUGCGGCAAGCACUAGCCGUCGACGAAACUCGAUCGCUCAACGACGUGACGACUCAACUCCGCGCGAAUCACUUGAAACGGUAUCCAAGUCGAUCUCGACCGACGAUUCUGACAAGGCGCCGUCGAGGUCACCACGAUGCCGUCGUGUAGGGUCGAGCGCAUUCGAGAGGAGCAUGAUCUCCGCCGCGCGGACCGGCUGGCCCAGCUCCAACAAACUUACGAAGCCGAGUACAUCGUGCGCAUGGAGACGCUACAGGAAGAUCUGAACGCCCAAUUGACCGCCACGUUGAGCGAACGGGCGGCGGAGCACUCGCGCGCUCUGCAAAAAGAAAUCGAUACCCGGACACAGCACUUCGCUGACGUCACCGAUCGGUUGACGUCGGAAUUGCACUUUUGGUUUCAAGUGGUCAAGCACCAGCCAGGGACGUUGCUACCGAAAGAGCGGCGACAGGACGACGGUGGCGAGGCCCCCGACGCCAUAGCCAAGCUCAAUGCGUUAGGCAUCACCAACCGCGAAGUGAACCAAUGGAUCCACACGAUUCGUUCAGAAUUCUUCGACCUCUCCGACCAGCACAAGGUGCUAGUCGAGUCACUUCGUCAAGCUAGCGUCGUCGCCAGUUCGUCUAAGCAAAAGGUGGCGGCGCUUGAAGAUGCACUCGCUCGCCAGGAGGCGAAGCUGGACAAGGCCAUGGUGGACAUUCAUGAGAAGACUCGAUUGUGCCAGCGCUUAUACAACGCCAACGAGCAAUUGCUCAAGCAACUGCCCGCGGCGUCGCCACCGUAGCAAGUGUCUGUAGCCGGGCCCACGUGCAGGCCCGCCAGCCCAUUCCAUGGAUGGCCAGCGCACACGCGAUCGAUUGGGGCGCACCCUGCUCCUAGUUUUGGUUGUGCGCGCGGCUUUGUACCAAAACACCACACGUGUGAAAUGUCCUUCCUCCUCCAGUACACCCACUUGGCCGAUGUUCUGGCACGAUGGAUGGGCGUGGGUGGAUAAGCCAUGGCGUUGGGACUUGAAAAUUUCGUUGGUGGGUGCAUGAAGGCAGCCUGCAUCUUGGCGUUCGCUCUGCACUCGCCAUGCUCGCCGUCCCGUUCCCCAUGCGCUUGGAGCGUUCAGUUUGGCGGCUGUGUACGCAUGGGUCUACCAGUUGAAGUUGGCGCGUUGGAUUGUGUAACGCGACCGCAUCGAUUGUCUCGCGAACCAGGCGGAACAAGUUAUUGGAUGGUCGGCUUCAGUCCAUGCCAUCGGCCUCAAAACCAAGACAAACCCAUCCAGCACCGUCCAGCAAUGGGAAAUGGCCGGGGCAGGCCAGUCACAAGCACCGGCGACAACCCAACUAUCGACACCGGAACGUGCGCGCACGUUUCGAUCUUGGCGAAGUGAGGUGGCGUGUGAGAUGCUUGGUCGCUUCGUGGGUUGGAUUCCCUGUCUAGCGUACACCACAUCGAUCGCACGCCGCAGCAUCCCCUCCUGCCAUGGAAAAAGCGAGAUGAGGACAAACUGCCUGCCGCAGCUUUCCAACCGAAAAUGCUGGGCUAAGUCUCUGCAGCUGAUCUCAAAGGCCGCGAUGCGAACCCGCGCAGCCCCUUCCCUUCCUCGCCGCCCUGAUCUGGCCUAGCCCUUACGCCUGUGACGAGCUCCACCCCCGCGAACGUUUGAUCUAGCCCUCCGCGCCCAUGUGUUCUCGCGCGCGUGGCGCUCGUGGAUGGCGUGGUUCAGCUCGUCGCUGGACACGGGACAGGCGUCGAUCAUUUCGUAGAAUUUGCGUUUUUUAUAUGGAAUACAAAUGUUAAGUGACUUGUUCAAAUAAAU